GCUUGACAGAGAUGGCGGGCAGUGCAGGAGAAUGGUGCCUGAUGGAGAGCGACCCCGGCGUGUUCACCGAACUGAUCAAAGGGUUUGGAUGCCGAGGUAUUCAAGUAGAAGAAAUCUGGAGUCUGGAACAAGAACACUUUGUAGACUUGCAACCAGUGCAAGGAUUAAUCUUUCUCUUCAAGUGGCAGCCAGGAGAGGAACCAGCUGGCUCUGUUGUUCAAGACUCCAGGCUGGACACAAUCUUUUUUGCGAAGCAGGUAAUAAACAAUGCAUGUGCAACACAAGCAAUCAUCAGUAUUUUGCUGAACACCACACACAAUGAUGUACAUUUAGGAGAAACUCUGUCUGAAUUCAAAGAAUUCACCCAAAGCUUUGAUGCAGCUAUGAAAGGACUGGCUCUAAGCAAUUCCGAAGUGAUCCGUCAAGUACACAACAGUUUUGCCAGGCAACAAAUGUUUGAGUUUGAUGCAAAAUCCACAACGAAGGAUGAUGAUGCAUUUCACUUUGUCAGCUACGUGCCAGUCAACGGGAGGCUUUACGAACUGGACGGUUUAAAGGAUGGACCAAUUGAUUUAGGACCAUGUAAGGAAGACGAUUGGAUCAGUGCAGCUAGACCUGUUAUAGAGAAACGAAUGCAGAAGUACUGUGAAGGUGAGAUACGGUUCAAUUUGAUGGCUAUUGUGUCAGACAGAAAGAAGAUCUACGAGCAGAAGAUUGCAGAUUUGCAGAGGCGAAUUGCAGAGGAAGAGCCUAUGGACACAGACCAGGGCAGCACUCUGCUGAGCUCCAUGCAGUCGGAAAUCACAAAAUACCAGCUCCUUAUAGAAGAAGAGAAACAAAAGAUGAAAAGAUACAAGGUUGAAAAUAUCAGAAGAAAACAUAACUACCUUCCAUUCAUCAUGGAGUUGCUGAAGACUCUAGCAGAGCAUCAGCAGUUAAUACCAUUAGUAGAAAAGGCCAAAGAGAAACACAACACAAGGAGGGCUCAGGAAGCCAAAUGAUACCCCUGCUACUUUGGAAAUAGAACAGAAAACAAAGCUUCUUCCUUUUUCAUGACAAAGAACAAGUGGAAACAAGCCACCAGGGCUUCUCCUAUAUAUUCUAUGUACAGAGCACAGUUGUUUUGUAUGCAGAGUUCGGCAUGGUUUAACCUUUGCAUCACAGUACAUUAGGCCUUGUACAUCCUAUAUCAUUUUACAAAGUGCCACGUAAUGUUAUGAGCCCAUUUUGUGAAAGAAAUACACAUUCAUAUGGUAAUGAACACUCUGUUUAUGAAAAAAUUCAACACACGUGUCCUGUGGUGCAGAGUGAUUCUAGGCCCUUCCACUAAAGGAAAAAAUGGGGACACAAAGAAGCUAUAGCAUGAGUUCAUGUUUGUAUAUACAACCUACAUUGUCCCUGUGCUCUGUUUUACCAUGCUGUUUCCCUUUAAGUACAGUCACAUUUGCAGACCUCCUGUAGGAAAGGUAUAUUUUGCAUCUUUUUGGUCUUUUUUUUUUUGCAGUUGUCCCUGAAAAUGCAUCUCAUUACUCAUAAAAUUCAUCAAAAACA